AUGUUGUCUCCAAGUGAGAAAAAGCUAGAAAAACUGGAUCCGUUUUAUAGACCCUCGGCAUCCAAACUGAAGACCAGUGCGGAAAUCAUCAGCGAAGCACGAAAUGCGCUGAGAACGGUUAAAACACAAAGGCCCUUUACUCCGCAGGAAGACCAGAGAAAGCUGUUCGGACCUGCAUCUUCAAGAACGCCCGAGAACAGGCCGCCUUCCACCUUCAGCCUCCAUGCGUCCAGUUUUGAGUCAUCUGAUUCCAGGCCUAUCUCUGGCACACGUCUCAGCCCACUAGAGCUGAAGCCAAAAGCCCCGACACCUCCCAGCGUGGAGCUGGACCACUGCCUGUCCUUACCUCGACCCCCGGUGGACCCUGCCAAGAUGAGAAGGAUCAGCAGCGCCCGGGCACGCUUGUUCCGGGCAGCUUCCCAGGGCCCUCCACUGCCUGCCGAGAAAUUUCCAGCAUCCAAUUCCCAGAAGAUGGUGGAGUCCCAAGAAACAGGUAGGAUGGGUGACUCUGUGAUGGCAGUAAAUGGAAUUCAUGUGGCAAAAUCCAAGACCCUUGGCCAUGUAAAGAGAAACCACCCACUUCAGCUAACUUACGAUGGAGGCAUCAGGGAAACCAAGGAGCAAGACACCUUGCAAGGAACCACAUCCUCACCAUCCCAUCUCCAGAGCAGAGGGGACAAGGAGAAGAGGUGUGGGAGGACCUCGGUGUCCUCCGGCAGCUGGGACCUCAGCAGGCUGGACAGCAAAGCAGUCUCCAAAGCCAGCCCGCGUGAGAGGGAUACUGAAAUAGAAGUCGAUGAAGUCUUUUGGAAUACAAGGAUCGUGCCGCUUUUGCGUGAAUUAGAAAAGGAAGGGAACAUUGAAAGCAUCUGUGCUGCUUGCACACAACUGCAUCUCGCUUUAGAGGAAGGAAACCUGCUUGGAAAUAAAUUUCAGAGAAGAAGUGUCCUCCUGAAGACCCUGUAUAAACUAGUUGAUGUUGGUUCAGACUUACUCAGCCUUAAACUUGCAAAAAUUAUUCUAGCACUUAAAGUGAGUAGAAAGAAUCUCCUGAACGUCUGCAAGCUUGUAUUUAAGAUUAGCAGGAACGAGAAGAAUGAUUCUCUGCUGCAGAAUGACAACAUUCUCGAAUCACUGCUGGAGGUGCUGAGAAGGGAGGCCCUGCAAGCCAACACUGAAGCUUUCUUAUACUGCAUGGGGGCCAUCAAAUUUAUUUCUGGAAACCCGAGAUUUCUCAAUGAAAUGAUCAGCAGAGGUGCUGUGGAAAUCUUGAUGGAUUUAAUCAAGGAAAUCAACGAGAACACCAUGAAACACGGUGUGUGGAUGCCUAAUGUGGGCCACUUGCUAGUCCAGGUGACAGCGACACUGAGGAACUUGGUGGAUUCGCCACUGGCAAGAAUGAAGCUCCUGAGCACCAGUGCCCUGCCCCAGCUCUGCACGGUGAUAGAACAGUACAUGAGUGACAAGGACGUCUGCACCAACGUCGCCAGGAUAUUCAGCAAGCUCACCUCUUACCAUGACUUCUGCGUGGCCUUGGCCAGCUGUUCCAGAUGUUACGCUUUGUUUUUGAAUCUGAUAAACACAUACCAGAAGCAGCAGGAUUUAGUCAUCCGCGUGGUGUUCAUCCUUGGCAACCUGACAGCAAAGAGUGACCCAGCUCGCGAGCAGCUGUGCCGGGAGCGCGGGUGCAUGCAGACCCUGCUGUCGCUCUUCCAUGCCUUCCAGCGCCUCGACGUGCCUUGUGCGCAGACGACAGCUGUGCGGGCAUCCUCCGCCACCAUCACCACCACCAUGGCCACCACCACCACCACGCCCAGCCUGCCAUCCGAAGCCGAGGCUGUGCUCAUCAAGCUGACCCGCGUGCUGGCCAACCUGGCCAUCCACCCGCGUGUGGGCCCCUCGCUGGCCAGUGAUCCACACCUUGUGGGCCUGCUUGUGAGCACGCUGGAAUCCAAGUCGCUUGAUGACUGCGAGGAGUUGGUGAUCAAUACCACGGCAACGAUCAACAACCUAUCUUUCUACCAAGUGAAGAAUUCCGCCAUCCAAAACCAAAAGCUCUAUAUUGCAGAAUUGCUCUUAAAGCUACUUGUGAGUGACAACAUGGACGGAGUCCUGGAGGCUGUGCGUGUUCUUGGAAACCUCUCCCAGGACCACGAUGUCUGUAAUUUCAUCGUACAGCACAAUGUGCACAAGUUCCUGAUUGCCCUGCUGGACGCCAAGCAUCAGGAUGUUUGUUUUUCUGCCUGUGGCGUCCUCCUCAAUCUCACCGUGGAGAAAGACAAGCGCGGCCUGCUGAAAGAAGGAGGCGGCAUUAAAAAGUUAGUGGAUUGUUUAAGAGAUUUUGGUCCUACUGAUUGGCAGCUGGCCUGCUUGGUUUGCAAAACCUUAUGGAACUUCAGUGAAAAUAUCACAAAUGCUUCAUCGUGUUUUGGAGAUGAAGAUGCCAAUAAACUCUUGGACCUGUUGUCUUCAUUUUUGGAUGAAGAAGUAGCCUUGGAUGGCAAUUUUGACCAAGACCUGAAAAGCUAUCAUAAGCUCUACUGGGAAACAGAAUUCAAACCUGUGGCUCAGCAGCUUCUCAGCAGACUUCAGCGGCAUCACACCUUCCUGGAGCCCCUGCCCAGCCCUUCCUUCUAACCCCGUGUGGACUCCAGCGGAAGCAGGUUGGGCCUCUCCUUGGGUUUAGGAAGCAGUGAUGGAC